AUGUUUGCAGAAUGAAAAUGGCAGAGAUCCAUCACCCAGGUUAAUACAUUUUCUAGUCUGUUCAUGUUAAUAUAGACCUGGGGUGGCCAAUCUUACCCAGAAAGGGCUGCUAUCUGCAGGCUUUCGCUGAAUUACAAAAUAUAGGACUGAUUGACUGAAGAGUCCUCACACCUGGGGUUGAACAGCUGACCUAAAGGUUAUCCCAAAGACCUGCGUACACACUGGCCCUUUGUGGGUAAGACUGGCCACCCCUGAUGUAGACCAUGCAGAGAGAGUAUGCAGUACAGUCAGCCUCACAUUUGUGUGACCAAGUCAGUUGGUUUUCAAUAAGUUUAAAUCUUUGUGAUAACUGGUGAAAGAGCUUCACAUUCUACUGGCUGCAAAACUCAGAUCACAUGAAACAUGCUUCUUCUACAUUAUAGAAACCAAAAAUUUGUAUUAUGUGUAACUUACCAUGAUUUGCAGUUUGUUAAAAUGCCUGUUAUUGUCCAUCAUAAUGAUAAUACCCUACUGUUGUUAUCUCCACAGUGAGUGAAGUCCAUCUCCCACAAGUAAAUUUAAGUAAAUUAGUGCCCAGGACCAGAGCAGAAUUCUUACACUACUCCUGCCAGCUGAUGCUGGACCCCAACACAGCAAACAGAUACUUGUCUCUGUCAGGGGGGAGCAGGAAGGCAACACGGGGGGCAAAGCAGCCAUAUCCUGAUUAUCCAGAGAGAUUUGACUACUGGAACCAAGUUCUGUGCAGAGAGAGUCUGACUGGUCGCUGUUACUGGGAGGCUGAGUGGAGUGGAGAUGGAGCCUGGAUAGGAGUGACUUAUAAAGGAAUCAGGAGGAAAGGACGCAAUAAUGACUGUCUGCUUGGAUACAAUGAGAAGUCAUGGAGUCUGAGCUGCUCUACUGACAGUUAUUCUGUCCAUCACAAUAAUAAAGAGACUGUCAUACCCAGAAAGCCCUCAGGCUCCCACAGAGUAGGAGUGUAUCUGGACUGGGGGGCUGGUACUCUGUCCUUCUACAGAGUCUCCUCUGAUGGACUGACCCUCCUGUACAGCUUCACUUUCUCAUUCACUGAGCCCCUCUAUCCAGGGUUUGGGGUUAAUUAUAUAAACUCCUCCGUGUCCCUGUGCAUGCUGGGAUAGCUCACUGUGUGCUGGAGGAAUCAUUUUUACCUUAUCAGAGUGUCAGAGUUCUCCAUGGCAAAACGGUAAAAUCUCAGCUUUUUAACCAGUAUAACCCUUUUUAGUCUUCAGAAGUGUGACAAGUGUCAGACAAAAAUAAAUGAAUGUUUGUUCAGCUUGCCAAACCCAUGGAAAAUUGGCUUACGUUCUGUGUUGUCUGUGAAUGCAUCAAAACUGCCAAAACAAAAUCAUAGUACAUGCAGUUGUAUCAAUAGAGUGAAUUCUGAUUCUGAAUAAAAUAAAAUGUAAGCCUGAUGAGUAGAAGGAGCUUUUCCCCUCCCCUCUAUAUGUAUAUUUUAUAUAUU